UAGAAAUUUGAAGAAGAACAAGUGGCAAGCAACUUUAUUUGCAUGUUGUUGUAAAAUUUCUCGUACAAAAAUGAAAUUAAAUGUUGAUGGACUCCUCGUCUACUUCCCAUACGAUUACAUAUACCCGGAGCAGUUUUCAUACAUGCUCGAACUGAAACAUGCUCUCGAUGCAAAAGGUCACUGUUUAUUGGAAAUGCCUUCUGGAACGGGCAAGACAACAACAUUGCUAUCAUUAAUUGUGGCCUACAUGAAGGCUCACCCCCUUGAUUUAACCAAACUAGUCUACUGUUCAAGAACUGUUCCUGAAAUUGAAAAGGUUAUGGAAGAAUUGCGAAAACUAAUGAAUUACUACGAAAAAGAGAUGGGCAUGGAACAAAACAUUCUUGGCUUGGCACUUAGCUCCAGAAAGAAUCUCUGCAUUCACCCCUCAGUCAGUAAGGAGAGAGAAGGAAAAGUAGUCGACGGGCGCUGUUACGGUCUCACGGCAUCGUUUGUAAGAGCUCGUCAUGCAGGUGAUGACGCUGUGCCAGUAUGCAACUUUUAUGAAGGAUUUGAUGCUCAUGGAAAAGAAUUUCCGUUGCCUCCUGGGGUGUACAACCUGGACGAUUUAAAGGAAUAUGGACAGGCCAAAGGAUGGUGUCCUUAUUUUCUUGCCCGAUACACCAUAACUCACGCCAACAUUGUGGUGUACAGCUAUCAUUACUUACUUGAUCCCAAGAUUGCAGAAGUCGUAUCCAAGGAAAUUUCAAAAAAUAGCGUCGUUGUUUUUGAUGAAGCCCACAAUAUUGAUAAUGUCUGUAUAGAUUCGAUGAGCGUCAAGAUUACGAAACGUCUGCUCGACAAAUGCUCCAAUAGCAUACAAAUUCUUGAAACCACCAUUUCAAACAUGAAAGAAAAUGACAACAGGAGGUUGGAGAAGGAAUACCAAAGGCUAGUUGAAGGAUUGCGAGAUGCUAACAUAGCGAGAGAAACUGACAUGGCUUUAGUCAACCCGGUUUUACCUUCUGAAAUCUUAGAAGAGGCCGUCCCUGGAACGAUCCGUACUGCUGAGCACUUUGUGGCCUUUUUGAAGCGAGUAGUAGAGUACAUCAAAACUCGACUCCGCGUCCAGCACGUCGUCCAAGAAAGUCCCGCCGGUUUCUUGAGAGAUAUUCACAUCAAAGUGUGUAUCGAUAGGAAACCUCUAAGAUUCACCGCAGAGCGUUUAUCUUCACUCAUUCGCACUCUUGAAAUUUCCGACCUGACGGAUUUCUCACCUCUUGUGACCGUUUCUCACUUUGCUACAUUGGUCUCGACAUAUACUAAAGGAUUCACCAUCAUCAUUGAACCGUUUGAAGAUCGGGCACCUACAGUUUCCAACCCAAUUUUAUAUUUCAGCUGUUUAGAUUCAUCUAUUGCCAUCAAACCAGUUUUCAAUCGUUUCCAAACUGUCGUCAUCACCUCAGGAACCCUUUCACCGCUUGAUAUGUAUCCGAAAAUCCUCGACUUCCAUCCAGUCAUAAUGACCUCAUUUACUAUGACUUUGGCGAGACCCUGUAUUCUGCCAAUGAUCGUAUCGAAAGGUAACGACCAGGUCGCCAUGUCAUCGCGAUACGAAACUCGUGAGGACACUGCCGUUAUUCGUAACUACGGAAAUUUGUUGGUUGAAGUAGCGGCCGCUGUACCUGACGGCAUUGUUUGCUUCUUUACCAGCUACCUAUACCUGGAAACAAUUGUGUCGUCUUGGUACGAUCAGGGCAUUAUCGAUCAAUUGCAAAGACACAAGCUCCUCUUUAUCGAAACCCAAGACGCAGCAGAAACGAGUUUGGCGCUAAUUAACUACAUCAAAGCUUGUGAUAAUGGACGAGGAGCUGUACUACUUUCAGUCGCACGAGGUAAAGUCUCUGAAGGAAUUGAUUUUGACCACCAUCUUGGACGCGCCGUGUUAAUGUUUGGUAUUCCCUACGUUUACACCCAAUCACGGAUUCUUAGAGCACGCUUGGAAUACCUAAGGGAUCAGUUUCAGAUCCGCGAAAACGAUUUUUUGACCUUCGAUGCCAUGCGUCACGCUGCCCAGUGUCUCGGUCGGUGCAUGCGCGGGAAAACGGAUUAUGGUAUCAUGAUAUUGGCUGACAAGCGCUUCUCGCGGGCAGACAAGCGUAGCAAGUUACCCAAAUGGAUUCAGGAGCACUUGAAGGAUACCAAUUGCAAUUUGUCAACCGAAGAAUGUGUGCAGAUUUCCAAACGAUGGCUUCGGCAAAUGGCGCAGCCUUUCUCUCGUGAAGACCAGCUAGGAAUAUCGCUAUUAACCCUUGAACAGCUGCAGAGCGAAGAGAUGCAAAAGAAGAUUCAACAACGGGCACAAGCUGCUUGAACCUGAUCAUUGGUAAUGGUGUAAUGUAUUUUGGUAAGAAUUUUUGGAACUACACAAAUGGUUAUAUUGAGGCAGAGAAGCAAGCAUAACAAGCAGGCACUAUGUGUGGAUGUGACUUGAACGGAUAAGGAAAUUGUUAACGGACCAACAAUGAUACAAAGACCUAAUAAAUUAGUUCACACAA